AUGACAACCCAGCAAGACAUCGAAGGAGCAGCACGAACGAACGCGACGUGUCUCAGCAAGCUGGAUUUGGAUUUGGAUUUGGAGGCCAGCCGCGACCCGAGCCCCUCGCAGCGCCUCAGACAGCAGGAGGCAGAGCCGAAGCGGGACAAGGAGCAAGCUGCUGUUGCUGCUGCUGCUGCAGGUCGUGGCGGCAACACCACCGCUUCACCAUCGACAGUGCUCAUCACUGCCGCUCAAGCUCAGGCUCAAGCACAAGCACAAGAUCAAGCAGGCAGGAGCCAGCCGGCAGAUACCGCACUGCGGUCGACAGCAGGCGUGAGCUCAGGCAGCAGCCUUGGGGUGCAACGAGCGGCAUCCACUCGCAGCCGAGUCAGUUUCGCGACCGAACCCCACUUUAGCGUCACAGAGCACGCGCAGGCACCAGCAGGCGCCCCAUCAACGACGAUGACAAGUGCUUCUAGUGACGAUGUUGGUGCUGGUGCUGGUGCUGGUGCUGGCUCUGGUACUCCUGUUGCCGCUGCCACAAAGCGACACUCUGGGCUCUAUGCGCGCUCCGCCUCCAGCAGUUUCCAAGCCCGGGACGAGUCAUCGCAUGGCCGCGACAGCCCGCUUCAUCUUCAAGAUCACCACCACCACGACCACCACCACUCCCCACCGCCCUCGGCCUCGCAUCAUCAUCACACAUUCGACGACUUUCGAGACAAUGUCUCCAACUUUGUGUACCAUGGCAUGCAGCGCCUGCGCCAGCGACUGUCGCACGAAAGCAAGGCCGCCGAGACGCUCAAUUUCGAGGCCAUGGACACGGUCGAGAGCGAGGAGAUGCGCUCAAAGCUCUUGUCGCGAUCGUACCGGAUUGAGCGUGCGGUCGCCCUGUACACACUGGCGGUCGUCACUGCAAUACUGAUUGCCCUGAUCUACUAUGGCUCGCACAAGUGGAUUAACGUCAUGUCCGACUACCGAAUGGACAGUCUUGUUUUCGCCCACAAGGACGAUCCUGGCCAGGCGUGGAUUUUGUCGACGCUCUUUUCCGCGACGCUCGUCACGAUUGCGCUCGUGCUCGUGUUUAUUGCGCCAGCAGCCACAGGCUCGGGCAUUCCCGAAGUCAUUGGGUACCUCAACGGCGUUGCCAUCCCAGGCCUUGUCUCGUUCAAGACGCUCAUUGUCAAAAUUCUGGGCACCGGCCUGGCAGUCGGCUCUGGUCUGAUGUGUGAUCCGGAAGGCCCCACUGUGCACAUUGGCGCGAGCCUGUCCGUUGUGCUGAUGCGCGAGGUCGGAUUUUUGCGCACCUUCAUCUUCAAGCGCCAGGAUGCGGAGGAGCCCCACCUUUCCUCUGUUGCCGCCCUGUCCAGCUCGAUGAGCUUUCUAUCUUUUACCUUUUCCAAUUCGUCGCAGCACCCCAACCAGACGUCGUCACUCGGUAAAGCAUCCACUUCCUCCUUUGCUGACGCCUCCUCCAGCGCCUACGCUCCAACCUACGGCAUGAAUAGCUACAGUGUCGGACGGUCGGCAACCAGCUCGGCACCGUCAACGCCCUCUGCAGCAAACCCUGCUGAUUGCGAGGAACCUGAGAGCAACUUUCGCAUCAGUUUCUGGCAUCGGAUGAAACGUUUUCUCCACCUCCGGCGAGUCCACCAUCGCGCUCCGAAAGCCGACCGUGAAAACGUCUUUUUUGCCAUGGUUGGCGCAUGCACCGGUCUGGCUGCAGCAUUUCAUUCGCCACUCGCCGGCGUUGUGUUUGCCAUUGAAGAGGCCAUGUCCUUCUUCCAUCCACGGCUCAUCUUCCGCUGCUUCUUGGCUGCGUCUGUCUCCUACUGGACCCUGCUCAUCAUCUACAGUGGUGGCUCCAUUAACGUCUCAGACCUCGUUCUCUUUGGUGAUGAUGCGAACUGCCAGUCCACCUUUGAUAUCGGUGACUUUGUCGCCUACGUGAUUUUGGGUGUCAUCUCGGGCUUGCUGGGUGCCGCAUACAACCGCGUGUACCUCUACUUGACGCACCUGCGCCAUCGCUUCAUUGGCGAGUACCCGUUGCGCCGUUGGCUCGAAGCCAUGGGCAUUGUGAUCAUCACUGCGCUCCUGACGGUCUAUGUACCUCACGGCGAAACGUGCGAACCCAUGUCGAACGCGCUGUCCGUCUUCAGUCAUCUGAAUCUCUGCGCCAACGAAACGAAAAUUGUCUCCGCCUUCGCUGAUGUGUGCGUUCCGCUCUCCGUUCAGUACAUGUUGACAGACUUGGCGGAUUCCGACGUCCUCGCGAACAAUGGAACAUUGUGUUACCCGUGGGCCUUUAUUUCGAGCAUUGUUGAUCUUUCUCCGAUGCGCCAAGUCCUGGACGUCCCCAUCACCGAGGAGCUUGGUAUCGAUUACUUCUCGUGCUACUACGAGUGGGGAUCUCUUCUCCAGGUGACUCCCGAUAAUGCGCUGCGCAACCUGCUUCGUCGCGGCACGUACAACAUUUUCAGCAUGAAAGUCCUCGCAGGCUACUUUGGCAUUGCGUUUUUGCUGACCCAGCUGACUGCAGGUCUCGCCAUUCCGGCAAGUAAUGUGCUGCCAGCCUUGCUGGUUGGCGGCUCGCUGGGACGCUUUUUCGGCAUGUUUGUCAACGAGUACAUCAAGAUACCUCUGGGCGCUCGGCUCAUUGAUCCCGGCUUGACUGCUGUGAUUGGCGCCGGCUCGUUUUGGGCCGGCAUUGCGCGAAUCACCCUGACUGUCACGCUCAUCAUGAUGGAUGUCACACAGAGUCCCGACGCCCUCGCAGGCUUGCUGAUUGCCAUCAUUGCGUCCGUCACCAUCGGCAACGCGCUCUCCCCGUCGCUUUACCACGCCUUGUUGCACGUGGGAAACAUUCCUUUCAUCGAGCACGAGCCUCCGCCCGAAGCCGCGACAGAACGCGUCCACGACCUCAUGUCCAAGCCUGUUCUGGUCAUCCCCCGUCUUGUGCGCGCCAAGUUUCUGCAUCGCAUGCUGUCGGCUUGCAGCCACCACGGAUUCCCUGUCGUCGAGGACUACCGUCGCAACCGCGGCUUGCCAGCGCCGACGACGCCAACCGGCGGCCACGAGCAAACAAAGCUGGGUGGCUUGCGUCGACACGGCAAGUUGGUGGGUCUGGUUUUGCGCUACCAUCUCGAGGUCGCUCUCCACCAGGUCGUGGCCGACGCGUUGCGGCGCAAAGAAGCCGAGCAAGCCCGACGCCACCCCACAUCCGAAUACCUGCGCGCACGCCACCAGUUUGCCAAAGUCCAUCAUCCGAAUUUGCACAUUACGAAUUCUUCUCUCGUGGCACCCAUGCCAACUGCAACCUCGGUCACCCAGCUCGAUCUCCUGGAAGCCGAAGCCCUUCGCGCACUGCGCCACUUUGACGAGCAGGCGUCGUCACACACUGUGCGGCGCGGCAUCAUUGCGCCCCUGUCGCUCGUGCCAGACGUGCUCAUCGACCUGUCGACCAUCAUGCAUCGCUCGCCAACCACCAUUAUGGCGGGCAUGCCAGUCGCCAAGGCGUUUUCCGUUUUUCGGCAGCUUGGACUGCGCCACCUCGUGGUCGUCGACCACAGCUACCAUGUCGUGGGCAUCCUGACACGAUCGCACUUUGUCAAGCAUACGCCGCACACGUCGACCGAUCCUGACACGCCUGUAGAGAAGGACAUGUAUCAGACUCAGUCGCGUGCCAGCGCGGCGACGACGCCCACGCGCGUGAGCCAGGACCUUCCCAGUCGGGCGUCCAUUCCAAUGACGCCCUUGCAUCGGCUGAGUCGGCACAUUCCCGGGCUUGCCAGGCCUGCUUCCGUCUUUACGUUCAAUGGUGAUCCAGAUGCGGCAGAUGCAACUGCUGCCAAUACUGCUGCUGCUGCUGCUGCUAGUACUGCUAAUACUGCUGCUGUGACGAUUCCUGACGAUACGCGCAUCAAUGUUGAUCAUCCGACGACUCCGCGCUUUAGCAUUGGCGGCGCGCAUUCGCCGGCAUCGGCUGGCAGUGCAAACAACCUGUCGGCGGGCAGUGGGCUUGAUCAUGGCCUCGACGCAGAAGACGAUGCGUUGUCCAGCAGCAGCGACAGCAGUGAUUCCAGCGACACCAGCGAUAGUGAUGAGGGUGACGAGCCAGAGCACGAUCCAACGCAGUCGGCGCAGCAACGGCAGUUGAUUUACGAGCUGUCUCAGGAGCCCGCGACCGUGUCUCAAUCCUCCGAUCUCCCCGUCCUUGCAAUGGAGCCUGAAGACGGUCCUGAAGCGUUCGAGACGGAUGUUUAA